AUGCCGCCUUGUUCCCUGCAAGAUUAUCUCGACUACCUCACCUACGUCUCCCACGAUGCCGAGAACCUACAAUUCUAUCUAUGGAUGGUGGACUACUUCCAGCGCUUCCGCUCCAUCCCAAAGUAUGAGCGCGCAUUAUCACCUCGAUGGACGGGACGCGCGCCUCCAAUAAGAGAGCAGAAUGGACUCAGAAUGAUAGCAACACAUGAUAUCGAUGUCAUGAGCGAGGAUAUCUCCGACUGUGAUACAUGGGGUGGUGCUGAUUACCAGCAAUCCGAGUUCACGGAUGAAUACACCCAGACCUUGGGUGACAUCAAGUUUUCGAUAUCACCUGUCAAAUCUACUGGGCUACGGAGGGACGAACAAUUUGUUUGGCACCCAGCUGAGGCACAGCCACUACGGAACGAGAUCACCAGAAUCGUGAAUCAUUAUAUUGCCCCAGGCUCUCCCAGACAAUUAAACCUCUCCCACAACGACCGCGCGACAGUCCUCCGCGCUCUUGAAUAUACGACUCAUCCUUCCGCUCUCUCACCUAUCAAGCGCAUGCUCGACAGCACUCUCCGCAACCACAGCCAUCCAAAUUUCAUUCGAUGGUCGCUGACCAAUGGCACUCGCCAGUGGAAGUGGUUUCUGCGGAUUUUUUCGGCUUCUCUGAUCGUCAUCGGAUCUCUCAUAGCGAUCAUCCUCGCCUGCUCAUCUGCAUCGCGCUUUUUUCGGAUAUUCGCUCUACCCUUCUGGUGGUUCGGCAUCACGAAUGUGAUUUGUGGAACACAAGGGCUCUGCAUAAUUUUACAUCAGAUGCACACACGGCAGUAUCAUGCCUGGGAGAUCAAGACAAAAGACUUUUACCUUUUCGAUGAAGAGGAAAUGGGAUUGAAAGGCGACUACGGCGGCCCGGGGAACAUUAGUUACGAGUCAACUCGGCCUUCAUGGCCUGUUAAGAUGGAGGUUUUUGGACCUGCAAAUAAUUACUCUGGGGAGCAAUGGGUUGCUGCGUGGCAGAGGAGACCUUGGUACAAAAAGCUUUUUCAGCAUCGAGUCAAGGUGCAAGAUGAGGGCCUACGACAAAUGCAGACGACGAUGGUCAGAUCAGCCGAGCUUUGGGCUUUAGCGAUUGCGGUGCCCAUCACGAUUGCGUUUGUUGCGAUACCCGUGGGUAAUAAAUUUUGA